GGUUAUUAACGCUUAUUGGCUUCCCCGGGCUUUGUCUCAAUAAAUAAUACAAAUAGUGUAGGUAGGCAUUUGAAUCUGGCUUAAUCCACGUUGUGUGUGUUUCUAGCUUUACUUAGAAAGUUGGUAGUUUGCCAUUGAUUUUUGCUAUUAAUGUGCAGUAGGUAUGAUCUUUAAUAUUACAUUACGUCAACUUUCCACUCUUAUACUAAAGUAAAACUUAAUUAAAACGAUAAUAUUUAACGUCUAUAUCACUGUUUAAUUAUUGAUAAAUAGCAUUGACUUCAUUCGUUGUCAGGCACUUGAAGAGAUACAACUGAAAUUAAAGCAUAUAUAGCUGGAAUGAGCACAUUUUUAAUUAAGUUGAUUAGAUGACAAAACAGAAAUGGACAAAGGUUAUGAUACAUUAACAGAAUAUAUCCUGAUUAAGUACCGGUGGGCUUUUGUCUGUGUUUUUCUGUUGCCGAUUUCUCUCUUCUAUGAUUUGUGGUUUUAUUUUCGCAACUGGAUUGUUUUCAAAUUUACCAGUGCCCCCAAGCAGCAUGACAAGAAGGUCAAAUAUGUUCAAAAGCAGAUUCGCGAAUGGGGUGAUCAUGGUAAAAAUAAUUACAUGUGCACAGCCAGACCAGGAUGGCAAACUGUGUGUUUUAGACUUCCCAAAUACAAAAACACUUUUACGAAAAUUGAAGUAAACCUAGUUGACAUCCUUGAGGUGGAUGUAAAGAAUAAGGUCGUUAGAGUAGAGCCGUUAGUGAGUAUGGGACAGUUAAGUGCAACCCUUAAUCCAUUGGGUUGGACAAUACCAGUUUUACCGGAAAUUGAUGAUCUAACUGUCGGAGGUUUGGUCAUGGGCACUGGCAUUGAAUCGUCUUCUCACAAAUUUGGACUAUUUCAACAUAUUUGCGUUUCGUAUGAAUUAGUGCUUUCCGAUGAAAGUUUGGUAAAAUGCACGAAGGAAGACAAUUCAGAUCUUUUCUAUUCAGUUCCUUGGUCUUAUGGCACUUUGGGAAUGCUUACAGCUGUCGAAAUUAUGAUGGUUCCCGCAAAAAAAUAUGUAAAAAUAACUUAUUUGCCUGUAAUAGGAGAGGAAAAUAUUGCCAAACAAUUUACUGCAGUCAGUACAGAUAAAAAUAAUGAAUUUGUCGAAGCUAUAGCUUACAGUGAAUAUGAAGCAGUGAUUAUGACAGGAGUACAAACUGAUAAUGCGGAAAGUGAUAAAAUUAAUGCAAUUGGCAAAUGGUACAAACCAUGGUUCUUUAUGCACGUGAUGCAAAUAUUAAAGAUAAACUCAACUGUUACAGAGUAUAUUCCCCUCAGGGAUUAUUACCACCGCCAUACAAGAUCGAUUUUCUGGGAGUUACAGGAUAUAAUUCCAUUUGGAAACAAUAAAUUUUUUCGACUUUUGCUUGGUUGGCUGACUCCCCCAAAGAUAUCUCUGCUAAAAUUAACCCAAACUGACGCCAUCAAAAAACUAUACUCUAACAACCACGUUCUUCAAGAUAUGUUAGUCCCAAUAGACAUUCUUAAAAAUAGCUUAAACAUAUUCAGAGAAACAUGUAAUGUAUAUCCCGUAUGGUUGUGUCCAUUUAUAUUGCCUUAUAAUCCUGGAAUGGUUUAUCCAAAAAGUCGUAAAGAGACUUUGUACGUUGAUAUUGGAUUGUAUGGUGUACCCAAAGUGAAAAACUUUAGAGCGUUUGAAGAUAUGAAGAAGAUUGAGAAAUAUGUUACAAAAGUGAAUGGGUUCCAAAUGCUGUAUGCUGAUACCAAUAUGACGAAAGAGGAAUUUAGAAAAAUGUUUGAUCAUACGUUGUAUGAUAAAGUUAGGAGAAAAUUCAAGUGUGAAGAGGCAUUUCCUGAAGUAUACGAUAAGGUAUCCAGGGCUGCCAGAUUAUAAAUUUAGAAUCAUUUUAUUGUAACCAUUUUCAACAAGGCUAUUAAAGUUAAAGUUAAAUA